AUGGCCUCAUACAUUGAUAAUGACAACCUCCUGAUCCAUUGCUUCCAAGAUAGCCUGUCUGGGGCUUCCUUGGAUUGGUACACGGGUCUAGAGCGCUCAAAGAUCUGGUCAUGGAGGGAUCUCUCCGAGGAAUUCUUGAAACAAUACAAGUAUAACCUUGACAUGGCUCCGACAAGGUUUCAACUUCAGAAGCAAUCUCAAAGAUCUAAUGAAACCUUCAAGGAAUAUGCUCAACGUUGGCGCGAAAUGGCGUCUAGAGUCAGACCAGUAUUGUCUGACAACGAAUUAAUGGCUAUCUUCAUGGGUACACUGCAAGGGUUGUAUUUUGAGAAGAUGAUCGGCAGUUCGUCAACAAAUUUUGCUGAUAUGGUAACCAUUUGGGAGCGUGUUGAGAGUGGGCUAAAAUCAGGUAAAAUCACAUACACGACCGCACCGCAGACAACCAACAAGAGGCCGCAUGGGGGCUUCACUAAAAAGAAGGAGGGGGAAGAAAACGCAGUGACGGUGAAGGCUUGCCCUCGAUAUCAAUUUCUGAUGGCCCCUAUGUCAUAUUAUCCAUAUCCGUACGUCGCCGCAGCUCAAUAUCAGCAACUUCCAUUCCAGUACCAACCGCAGAAAGGUAAUCAACAAUCAACACCCACUCAGAAAAAUCCGAACCAACAAUAUAAUCGUGAUAACAGAGGACAAAAUCGAAGUCAGAACAACAGAGGCAAUUUUUGUAGUCGUCUCCAAUUUGAUAAGAUCCCGGUACCAUAUGCAAAAUUAGUGCCAUAUCUGAUUCACGUGGGGGGCAUCGUACCAAGAGAACUUCCAGCAGCCUCUCCUCCCUUUAAUCGCAGUCACAAUCCUAAUGCCACAUGCGCUUUCCACGUAGGGUAUAUAGGAAAUUCCAUCGAGGACUGUUGGGCUCUUAAAAAGAGGAUCCUGGAGUUAAUUGAUCAAGAGAUUUUGUCUUUCUUCGAAGAAAAACCUAACGUGAAGACUAAUCCCUUGCUGAAUCACAGUGACGCAGCAGUCAAUGCUGUGAUCGAAGAGGAGGCCACCAAAUCUAUACUAAGGGCUGAAGAAGUGAAGACUCCAAUGUCCGUUGUGUUACAGAGGCUUGAACAGUUUGGGUUUCUUGAAGGUGUACAUAAUGAUUCCACAGUAUGCGAGUUUGAUUUGGACAAUUGCGACAAGCUGAGGGGUUGUAUGCAAGAACUGAUGGAUUAA